CUGCAAUCACGACAUUUCUCACCUAUAGAGAACAUACCCACGCCCGUUUUACUGACGAUUAAGUUUCGGAACGUAAUGUCAUUUUAGCUAGAGACUGACUCACCAGCACAGAAACCACAGCGGCUGUGAUACAAUUCACUUCUUAAAGGUGAAGUUUCCAGUAGGAUUUUCUAUAUCCAGAAAGAAAAAAAGAUUCUCAAAUGAUGGCAGAUAAAAAUAUCCAAGAACAUGGCAAGCUCUGUAACGCUUCGGAGGCCUCAUACUGUACCAACGGGGGGACAUGCUACCGGAUUCCUACUAUGCCUACAAUCACCUGCAUAUGUGGAGAUGGCUAUAAGGGCAGCAGAUGUGAGGAGUUCCAGCUCUUUAGCACGUCGGAGACCAGCGAUAACGUCGGCCUGAUCGCAGCCGUGGUCGUCUUGGUCAUCCUCAUCAUCAUGGCGCUAACGGUCGUCAUCUACCUCAUCUUCAAGCUGUGGGCCCAGAAAAAGGAAGCCGAGAAGCAGCAGAGAAACAGACCGUACCGGCAGGUACCUCGCAGGGUGUGAGACCAGCGACCGGGGGGGACAUCGUGACAUCCUCUCCAGGCGUUGAUGAACUGAGCGGCCCGUGAGGAUAAAGCCAUGAACGACCCGCAGUAGAAGGAGAGAGGUGCCUGCAGUUAGCCAUUAAGCGUGCAGCUUCUCCUGCCUGACUCGUUGCUGCUCUGCAUAGCUCCCUGCCGUGGGCGUUUUCUCAACAGACCAGACGGACCCCCAGAGACACAAGGCAGGACAUCUCAGUGGAUCCUUUCUGACGAAACCAAGCAUGUAUAUUUAUUUCCAUUGCCAGAACACAGUGCUGGCUAUUUACCACUGAUUCACUGCAAUUGAAUCCUAUGCAAAAACCACAAUCUUAUUUUUGAUAUAUGUGAUGCCACUUCAGAGCUGCGUGACGGAGAGCACAGCCAGCUGAAUGCACAGGGUUGUCCUUCAGUCACUUUUUAAUCAUUUGUAUAUUUCCCUUUAUGGCAUUCCCUGUUAGUCAAUAAAAAGGCAGUCGGUCAUUACGAACACACCCUUUUUCGCAA